AUGUCCGGAUAUCGAAGAGUGAAUUACUACGAACUGUGCAGAUUGUGUACCAGCAGCGAAGGUACCAAAAUGAACAUUUUUCGGGAGGAAGGUCGCAGACUGCAGCUACAAACGAAAAUUCAGACGUACUUGCCUAUACAGGUGAGGCUUCGUAUCUCCCUUUAUAGUCGAGACAAGAUUUUGGUUUUGGAAGAGGAUUCUUUGCCAAAAAUUGUUUGCCACGAAUGCGUAAAAAAAUUAGAGAAUUUCAUUGAAUUUAGAGAGGCGGUCGUGAGUGCAGAGGGUAUGCUAGAAUCUUAUUUCACUUCGUUGCGAUUCUCUGAGGAUUUCUUGAAGGAAGGUAAGGUUUAUGUGAAAAGCACGGAAAAGGACAGACCUGCAACACCUGAGAAUGAAGUAUUAAAAGGAAUAGAAAAGAUAACACCAGCACAGGGAAAUCAAAUAGUCAAUAAUGAUCAACAAAUACAACAUCAACAGCCUGUUGUUGUUAGUAAUAUAAAUGCUUCGAAUAUUCAAAUUAUUAGUGGAGUUCAAGCAAGAGUUCAACAAUAUAAAUGUGCCAUGCAGAUGCAACCAGGGGGUAUGGCAGCUGCUGUUGUAGAGGCAACAGCAGAAACUCAUUAUAGUUAUCAGCAACAAACUUCACAGCAAGUAUCUCCUCAACAAUCAAAUGAAGCACAAAAUCAAAUUAACGACCAACAAACUACAACCUCGCAAAUUCAAGUGCAAAAUCAAAUUCAGAAUCAUGGACAAAUAAAUCAACAAAUACAGUCACAAAGACAAAUCUCGCAGCAAAUUUCUCAAUCACAAAAUCAAACACAAGUUAAUCAACAACAAAAUCAGUCACAAAUUACACAACAGAUUCAACAGUUACAAAGACAACAAAGAGAGUUUGAAAAACAACAUAGACAGCUUCAACAAAUUGAGAAACAGGUGCAAAUUGCUACACAACAAGAAUUUCCUAUUAAACAGGAGUCUCAAAAUCAAGUAGUACAUCAAAAUAAUAAUAUCAUUUUGAAGGCAGAACCUGAAUCUAAGCAAAAUCAACAAAUCAUUCAGAAAGUACAAUCUGAAUCUCAAAAAGAUGAAAGUGGAACACAAAAUAUACAAGGUUAUACUGUGCAAGCUACACCGGAGGUAUUUUUAAAUUUGGGAUUUAAAGAAACUCCUUUAGUCACACAAACUGUACGAGAUGAGUCAAAGGAGUUCAAGGACUAUACAAAGUCAGAAGAUACAAUAUCUCGCAACUCGAUUGGACAGAUUUCCGAAUUCCUAAGAAUCAAAUCAGGGCCUGAACCAACAUCUUUAAUUACUGUGAAUCCUCAAGUUAUUUCGCAAACUCAUAGGAAUGCCACCUGUAAAGAAUGUGGCAAAAUUUUCAGUACCAUAAAUCAAUUGAACACUCAUAGUUGCUCCGUUCAAAGCCUUUUAAGUGAAACUUCCGAUAAUGGUAGUAAUAAAGAAGAUCCUUUACAAAAUAAUAGCAAUUCAUUUAGUUGUGAUGUUUGUGGUAAGCCAUUCAAACGAAAAGAACAUCUUUAUCAACAUAGAAAACUACAUACUGGUGAACGUCCUUAUGUGUGCACCACAUGUUCAAAGGCAUUUAGUCGAAAAGAACAUUUAGUUAGGCACUCUGUAUCUCACACAGGCGAAAAAAUGCACGAAUGUGAAAUGUGCGGUAAAACCUUUUCUAGAAAAGACAAUCUUCACAAACAUCGUAAGACACAUGGUGUAUCGGGUCCGUAUAUUUGUGAAACAUGUGGAAAGUCAUUCGUGGUAAAGCAUUACUAUCUAAUGCAUUUAACAACUCAUGCUUCAACUAUUGGGGAUGGUGUAAAUUGCCAAGAUCCUUUACCAUAUAAAUGUGAUAUUUGUCACAAAGCAUUUUCUCAGCAGCAACAACAACAAACACAACAAUCCAACACAACAAGUAACAUAAAUAUGGUGACAAAUAAUGUUACUAAUUCUGGGAGUUUAAAUAAUAACAAUGGACAGUCUAAUAAUGGAUCAACGGUUGAAAUGCAAAGUGUUAUUGAAAGAAAUGAACAACCAAAUGGUUCAUUUAAUAAUCAGUAUCAUAAUAAUAUACAAGAGUUUCAAUGA